AUGGAGGAUGGGAAUAUCUCUGGACCUUCCGCCGUCGUUGAGCUCACCUGGAGUCAUGAUGUUCAGGAAGACCAUGCCUUGACGAUGGUUUCACUUUCAUGCCACAUGAUAUUGGAUGUGGAGAAAUCUGUAAUCCAACUGGUCGAUUUGACGAAAUCAAUGAAGGAGGACCAUCGUCAAGAUAAGCUCGAGGAGAUGGAGAAAUCUCUAACCCAACUGGUCGAGGACCUUUGCUUACUACUCGCUAGUAAUGCCAACCCUAGUCAACCCGAAACGACGACGAUUCCAAAUUCCAUAGUGCAUGAGGCUGUUAAUCCUUAUCCGAGUGAUGGCUGGAAUUCUUGGGUUGAUAAAGAAAGUAUGGAAAAGAGGGUAAUGAGAAUGAUCUUUUGUGUAGCUGAGUCUGACCAUUGUAGGGACCAAGUCCAGGCGAGCCCGUGUGCACAGUAG